AUGGAUACGCUCUUAUCCUCCAAGACCCAACUGGACGCCCUCGUCCUCAAACCCGAGCUCCAGCCACUAUUAUCCCUAAUCAAAGGUGCCCGCAAUGGUAUCGUCUACGGAUCGAAAGUGCGGUUUCCGCAUGCGCUGGUGUACGUGACCCCGGAGCUCUUGGACCGAGCAGAUACUAUGGAAGCACCUAAAACUAACAUUUGCAUGUAUGAUCAGCAUGAUAUUUUUGUUCCGAUCAGGGUCGUCAAGCUUGUCUUCAACGCAACACGCCAACAUGCGCGAAACCUUUCUACCUUCGCGAUCAUAUAUAAAUUGUCGAUGAUCCUUCUCCGGAACAUCAACCCCUCUGGCUCCGGCAAGGAGGGCCGGUAUGACAGCUUCUUUUCAGGCUUGCUGGGAGGAUAUGCGGUCUUCGGACGACAGCGAGGAAGCAUCAGCCAGCAGAUCGUUAUCUACGUCUUCGCUCGCGUAAUGCUGUCCCUUGCCAAAAUCGCCGUUCAGCCCAACAUGCACCCGCUCUCCCCUCUCCUCACCCCCGAAUCCCGAGCCAAGAUUUACGACCAUGCCUGGCCCGCAUUUGCCAGUUUCACCUGGGCCUUUGUUAUGUACAUUUUCCGCUGGUACCCUGAGACUCUUGCGUCCAGCUUGCGGAGUAGCAUGUUAUUCGGACUCCGAUCAUUGGGACUCAUUGCGAACCCUGUUCAUCCACAAUAA